CCGACGUAGCCUCGAAGGAGACAAACAUUCACCUUGCAUCUUCGUCAUUUGAAUUCGAACUCGAUACUGAGAUCCAGAUUCAGCUCGUCCGCGUCUUCCAACAGACAGACUCAGCUCCGUUCGAGAAGUCGGCGCGAUGUCUCGAGGAAAGGUCACUGGCAAGAAGACUGUGUCCCGCAGCCAGAAGGCAGGCUUGCAGUUCCCUGUGGGCAGAAUUGCCCGAUUCCUGAAGAAAGGAAGAUAUGCGACACGAGUCGGCGCAGGAGCUCCAGUUUAUCUCGCUGCAGUCUUGGAGUAUCUCGCAGCAGAGGUCCUGGAGCUCGCAGGCAAUGCGUCAAGAGACAACAAGAAGACCAGAAUUGGGCCCCGUCACAUGCAGCUCGCUGUGAGAAAUGACGAGGAGUUAAGCAAGCUGCUCGCCAGUGUGACAAUUGCCAAUGGUGGUGUUCUCCCAAAUAUCCACUCAGUGUUGCUGCCCAAGAAGUCAGGAAAACCUGCCCUCUCGCUCGCCGAGGGAAAAGAGUAGAUUCUUGCUUGAUGUGGAGAUCGCCGACGUCUGGAAGAUCGAUCUCAGAAAUGGUUCGUAGAAAUAAUUCAGUUAUGGGUGCCCACAUGCCGUCCAGAUGAUGUUUCCUCACAAACGUCUCCCACAGAUGCCGAAGUAGAGAGUUCAGCAGCCUGCUGAAAUAUUAGAUACAACAAAGAGAACGAAAGAUGUGAAUAUUACCGACACCCUGAUGCUCAACGCGGGAGAUGUCAUGUACAAAUGUUGAGCCCAAUUUCUGAAUCAAAUAUCGGAAUAGAUAAAUUUUUGUUACGAGAU